UGUACAAGCUUGGAUUUCAUAACCGGGUUACCAACUACCACAAGCGGUCAUGACACAAUCCUCAUCGUCAUCGACAAAUUCUCCAAAAUGGGACACUUUAUCCCGACACACACGACAGCACGCACCGAAGAGACGGCACAACUAUUCGUUUGCUACAUCAUCUCACAACAUGGCAUUCCAACCACCCUCAUCUCCGACCAAGACCCCAAGUUCACCAGCAAGUUCUGGAAGGAACUGAUGUCUCUCCUCAGGACAAAACUCGCCAUGUCAUCCGCCUACCAUCCGCAGACAGAUGGACAGACCGAGUACCUCAAUCAAAUUGUAGAGCAACUCCUCCACGCAGCAUGCAAAUACAAAAUUUCUAAAUGGGACUUGCAUCUGCCCGACGUGAAGCGAACCGACACCGUAUUCCUGGCGAUAGCAAUAGUGGUGGAGAACGACGGAGAGAAAGCCACGGAACCUCUAGAAAAAAUCAAGGACUUACUGAAGGAGUUCCAAGACAUUCUUCCUGACGAUCUUCCGAACGAGCUACCGCCAUACCGAACGCAUCAACACGAGAUCGUGGAGGAACCGGGUUCGAAGCCGACCUUCCGAGCACCAUACCGGCUCAGCCCUACGGAGCUGACUGAUAUGAAAAAACAGAUCGAGUAUCUCCUAGCCAAAGGACUCAUCCGGCCAUCCACUUCGCCAUACGGUGCCCCAGUACUCUUCACACCGAAACUGGACGGAAGCCUGCGCAUGUGCAUCGACUACCGAGCUCUUAACAAGCAGACCAUCAAGAAUAAAUAUCCGAUACCACGAAUCGAUGACCUGCUUGACCAGCUUCGGGGAGCUACGGUAUUUUCCAAACUGGAUCUGCGGUCCGGAUACUGGCAGAUACGGAUGGCAGACAACUCUAUCCACAAAACUGCUUUCCGAACUCGGUACGGAUCGUACGAGUAUUUGGUAAUACCGUUCGGACUCACCAACGCACCGGCAACGUUUCAAGCCGAGAUGAACCACAUUCUACGACCACUUUUGGACGAGUGCGUGGUGCACGUCGAGCACCUACGACGCGUCUUCGAAAUUCUUCGACGAGAAUGGUUCUACAUCAAACUGUCCAAGAGCGAAUUCGCCCUCGAGAAGGUCCAGUUCCUAGGACACCUGGUGAGCGCUCAAGGAGUUCACGUCGACCCCAAGAAAAUCGAAGCCGUACGUACGUGGAAGACACCCGAGAAUGUGAAGGAGUUGCAGCAGUUCCUAGGCUUCGCUAAUUAUUACAACAGGUUCGUGUCACAGUAUGCGAAACUCGCAGCACCACUCACGAAUCUGCUGAAGAAUAACACGCCCUACAAAUGGGAACCAAAGCACCAGGAAGCCGUGGAGCAGCUGAAACAGGCACUCACGUCCGCACCGGUACUCAUCUUGCCAGAUCUCGAACGCGACUACAUCAUCGAAGCUGACGCCAGUGACCAAGCAGUGAGAGCAGUCUUGAUGCAAGAUCAAGGGAAUGGACUGCAACCAAUCGCUUACCUAAGUAAGAAACUACACGGGGCAGAACUCAACUACCCGAUACACGACAAGGAGGCCCUGGCUAUCAUCAUCGCCUUCAAAGCGUGGAGAUGCUAUCUCGAAGGACGAAGAACAACCAUCUACACCGACCACUGCAGCCUGAAAUACUUGAAGACACAACCCAACCUUUCCAGGCGGCAGGUCCGGUGGAUCGACUUCCUCGAGACACACUUCCACUACGACAUCGUGUACAAGCCCGGUCACAAGAACAAAGCAGACGCUCUCAGCCGGCCUGCACACGUUGCCGCUAUUCAGGUCGAAGGGAUGAAUCCACUCCUCAAGGGACUCUUCACACACGGGUACGCCACCGACCCCGAAAUUCCCUUGGCAGAUCAACGACAUCUGCUACAGUGGGACAGUGACAUCGCGUACCCUCCUUUGCGCCAGUUACUACUCGAAGAAUACCACGACGUCCUCUACGCCGGACACUUCGGUAGCAACAAGACGCUGACCGGUAUCGCAAAGCACUACUACUGGCCCCACUUAGCAGAAGAUGUCCAGAAAUUUAUCACCUCGUGUGAUACAUGUCAGCGGAUGAAGAGUAGCAAGCAGAAAAAGGCGGGAAUACUGCAGCCUCUUCCUGUCCCAGAACAACCAUGGCAAGUGGUUAGCUUGGACUUCAUCACCGGGUUACCACCUACCUCCAGCGGUCAUGACGCCAUCCUUGUCGUCAUUGACAAGUUCUCCAAAAUGGGACACUUCAUCCCGACACACACAACAGCACGCACCGAAGAAACAGCACAACUCUUCGUUCGAUACAUCAUCUCACAACAUGGCAUUCCAACCACACUCAUCUCCGACCGAGACCCUAAGUUCACCAGCAAGUUCUGGAAAGAACUUAUGUCUCUCCUCGGGACCAAACUCGCCAUGUCAUCUGCUUACCAUCCGCAGACAGACGGACAGACCGAGCACCUCAACCAAAUUGUUGAGCAACUCCUCCGAGCAGCCUGCAAGGACGAGAUCUCCAAAUGGGACUUGCACCUGCCCGUACUAGAGUUUGCUUACAACAAUGCUACACAUGCCGCUACUGGACAGACGCCGUUCUUCCUCUGCUACGGACGCCACCCACUCACACCACAGAAACCGACCACAUCCGCUACAGUACAACCGGCACAUGAUUUCAUCACAACCAUGCAUCAGCUUUGGGAUCGGACCCACAAGCGCCUCCUCGACAUUCAGCAGCAACAAAAGCGCCAGGCCGAUCGCCAUCGCAACGACCACACCAUCACGGUGGGAGACCAGGUGCUUCUUGACACCCGCAACCUGGACAUCAGCCACCUCCCAUCUAAACUUCGACCUCGCUUCUGCGGGCCUUUUCUCGUUGAAGCACAGGUUACUCCUGUUACCUUCUGCUUACGCCUGCCAGCUACCUGGAAGAUUCACAACGCCUUCCAUGUCCAACUUCUGAAACCCUACCGGGAUCCAAACACGAUCUUCGUCGGACGCCAACCGCCGUCGCCGCCGCCCGUCCUCGUCCACAAUGAACCCGAAUACGAGGUCGAGUCCGUGCUAGCACACCGCCGACGUCGGAAUGGCACCGUGGAGCUUCUCAUCCGUUGGAAGGGUUAUGAUCCUUCUGCGGACAGCUGGGUCCCGGAGUCCGACAUGGGUAACGCCCGUCGUCCUCUGCAUGACUACCUUGUCAAGCAGGGUGUUACUUCUACCACCCAGCUUUGAGGGGGGGAAGUGUGAGAGCUCGGGAUGUAC